UUGAAUGUUUGUUUGCCACAUGUCCCUCUAAAUAGAGCAUACCUGAACUCAGCCAAACACAAUUCAUUUGUUUUGUGUUAAUACAAAUUUGAAUCAUUCAUCACCAUCACAAGUUUGAAUUCACCAUCUUCCCCUCAAAAACAACCAAGCUAUUUUGUUUCUACCUGUAGAAUCAACCCCAAGUGUUUGAGAAAAUGCCAAACAGAAACCCCACCGUCGUGUACUCCCCAUCCUCACCGCGAAGAUCACAAAGGCUCAUUCUCCUCCACGAGAACAACAAUCCCACCACCCCCAAACCUAAAUCCACAAAAAAAUCUCCCAUCCAAUCAAGAACCCCCGCCGCUAGGGUAAGGAAAACACCCAGGUCGAAGGAUGAAGUUCCCUCUGUCAGACGAUCUGCUAGAUUCUCCAAUCAUAAAGCUCGCCUGAAUGAGGAGAGAUUCGACGUUCAACUUAGCGAAUUUUGUUCCGGUGAUUCGACAAGAGUGAAGCAAGGAAAAACGAAGGAAAGUAGUGGCAAGGAGGGAAUUGGGGAUGAAGUUGGUGGAAAAGGGAAGAGAAAGCACGGUGGCGAUGAAAUAGUGGAAGAGAGUCCGAAGGAACAAGUUGAAUCUGGAGUGAGAGGGAAAAGAAAGCAAGGUGGACCUGAAGCUGCUGAAGGGUGGACUAAAGAACAAGAAUUGGCACUGCGAACAGCUUACUUUACUGCAAAACCUAGUCCAGAUUUCUGGAAAAAAGUAUCCAAACUGGUACCUGGGAAGUCUAAACAAGAUUGUUUCGAUAGGGUUCACUGUGACUUCCAAACACCACCUCCAUGUCAGCCUAGAUCAAGGUCAAAGACAAUUAACUCUUCGCCUCUUCAUCAAUUCUCAAUAUCUGCAAGUAAACUUCUCAAACCUACUGAAAAGAAGGUUGCUAAAUCAAAUAUUCUCAAACCAAAAAGCAUUGUUACCCAGAAGUCUAUUGAAAAUAUGUUACAACGCCAUCUUAAAGCGGAUCAAGUCCAUAAAGGAGACAUAUUUUCUGUUCUUGAACCCAACAUUGAUUUUUCUACUAAUGAUUUUCAGCCUAGUCAAGCGCUCUGUACUCCAGAGCAGCAAAAGGAAAAUCAUGGGUUUCUACAAAAUUUUACUGGACGAUCAUCAUCAUUUUCAAGUCACAAGAAGUCUCUUUCUAGAUUUAGUGGCUCAUCAGGUGUUCAAGAUCUUGCCAGUCCACCUGUGCUAAAGCAAGUAAAGAACAAGGUGCAGCAUGAAAAAUACGUCAAUCAAUUAAGAUUUAGGGAACUUAAGAGAAGAGCAGCAUCUACACGGAUGAAAAAUUCCAUAGUUGGAGAAGGAAACCACAUUCAGAAAAAGAAUGUUGUUAAAGCAGCAAAAGAUGCAUUGGUUUCUGAAGCUAGAGAUGCUAUCAACAAGUUUCAACAAUCGCAAGUCAAUAUCAUGGACAACACUUGUAGUUCUGAUGAGGACAUUGAUGAUGACAUUGGAGUUGAAUGUGAUAGUCAAUAGGUUUUAGGCAUUAUAUCUUAGUCAAAAUCUAGUUUUCCAAAAAUUCUAAGAUUUCUAGCAUUUACUUUUAGUUGAUAAAGAGGAGCAAUGCACUUUUUCCUAGCUCCAAACUUCCUUUGUAAUAUGUCAACCAUAAUUCUUCUAGAUGUAAUACAUUUAGAUUAGGAUUUAAAGCAACCAUAAUCCGUCUAGGUACUAUUUGCUCACUUAGUUGAUAAAAAGGAGCAAUGCGCUUUUACUUGCUCUGCUGAUUUCCUCUUCCAAAUUUUAACCCUUUAUUUUCUCUCAUUGCCCAUUUUGAUGAUGCAAAAUUGAGAUAUGUUACAUGUUACUAUCUUGUAUCAAGGCAUUUUAUGAAUUACUUUUCUGUAUUCAAUAUAACUAUGGUGUUUUGUCA